UAUGGCUUUGAGCGCACUCACCCUCGAGUAACAAUAAGGCAUUUAUGCGAUGGGGCGCCGAGCGUACCUGAAUCGACUGGCUUUGGUAUGCUUCACCUUCAUGUUUCAUUUCCAUAGACAGUACUACAGAGCCUCACACAAGAGUCUAUAUCUUUCACUCUGGCAUUCUACUCAAACUCACAAUCAUGUCUUCGACGUCCGAUACACAGCGGUGGCAAUGGUACAAUAAAUGUUCCCAUAUAUAAGCUCUAUUGAGCUCUUAUCUAAACUGGUCUUUUUUUCAUCACGUGGCGCUCUUUACCCUCAUUGCAGUUAUCCCAAAACAUCUGC